UCAGGUAUUGACUCCAAGCGGGUGGUUCAGCAGCUGAGGGCAUGUGGAGUCCUGGAGACCAUUCACGUCAGCGCUCAGAGCUACCCCUCCAGGUGAUCCUGACCAGGAUCCACACCUCCAUAAUUCAACAAUAACACAGCAGUGAACUCUACGGGCCAGUUUUCCCGGAUACAGAUUAAUCAUUCCUGGACUAAAUGUUUUAUAGAAUCAUUACAUUUUGUAUUCCGGGACUGGGCUUUUAUCCGUGUCCAGGAAAUCGUCCCUACAAGCUAAACCUUAUAUUCACUUACUGUGUUUUAAUUGCCAGGUGGACGUACAUAGUUCUACAGUCGCUACAGUGUACUGAUGAGCCAAGAGGAGCUGGGCCAAAACCACAAGAAACAGACCUGUAAGACAGUGCUGCAGAGGCUGAUUCAGGUGAGGGUGUUGGCCGGUGUGUAGCUGGUUCAAAUCCCAGUCCGACAGGGGAAAAAUCUGGUGGGGACUCGGAGUGAGCCGGCAAUGGGAGAGUUUGUGACAUUAGUGUCCUGGAAGUUUUCUCCUGUCAUUGUGCACUGAGUAAGGCACUUUAACUCCUAAACUCCUCCAGGGGCGCUGCACUGAAUUUGAUGAUGUUGGUGUUCAUAACCAGGUUGAUUUGUGGUGUUCAUAACCAGGUUGAUCUGUGGCGUUCAUAACCAGGUUGAUCUGUGGUGUUCAUAACCAGGUUGAUCUGUGGUGUUCAUAACCAGGUUGAUCUGUGGUGUUCAUAACCAGGUUGAUUUGUGGUGUUCAUAACCAGGUUGAUUUGUGGUGUUCAUAACCAGGUUGAUCUGUGGUGUUCGUAACCAGGUUGAUCUGUGGUGUUCAUAACCAGGUUGAUCUGUGGUGUUCAUAACCAGGUUGAUCUGUGGUGUUCAUAACCAGGUUGAUCUGUGGUGUUCAUAACCAGGUUGAUCUGUGGUGUUCAUAACCAGGUUGAUCUGUGGUGUUCAUAACCAGGUUGAUCUGUGGUGUUCAUAACCAGGUUGAUCUGUGGUGUUCAUAACCAGGUUGAUCUGUGGUGUUCAUAACCAGGUUGAUCUGUGGCGUUCAUAACCAGGUUGAUCUGUGGUGUUCAUAACCAGGUUGAUCUGUGGUGUUCAUAACCAGGUUGAUCUGUGGCGUUCAUAACCAGGUUGAUCUAUGGUGUUCAUAACCAGUUUGAACUAUGGUGUUCAUAACCAGGUUGAUCUGUGGCGUUCAUAACCAGGUUGAUCUAUGGUGUUCAUAACCAGUUUGAACUGUGGUGUUCAUAACCAGGUUGAUCUGUACUGAUGUGGGCUCUUUUCUGAUGUCAUCCACUUACCCUCCAGGACUCCAACCAGUACAAGUUUGGCCGGACCAAGAUCUUCUUCCGAGCGGGUCAGGUGGCCUACCUGGAGAAGCUUCGAUUGGAUCUUCUCCGAAGGGCGUGUGUGACCAUCCAGAAGCACGUGAGGGGGUGGAACCACAGGAGGAAGUUCCUCCGCAUGAGGGAGGCGGCUAUCGUCCUCCAACAGUACGUCCGUGGACAGCGGCAGAUACGGUGAGUGGGAAUUUACAUCUACUACGGCAGGCAGGUACUACUACAACAGGUACUACUACAACAGGUACUACUAAUACAGGUACUACUACGGCAGGCAGGUACUACUACAACAGGUACUACUACAGCAGACAGGUACUACUACAGCAGGUACUACUAAUACAGGUACUACUACAGCAGACAGGUACUACUACAGCAGACAGGUACUACUAAUACAGGUACUACUACAGCAGACAGGUACUACUACAGCAGACAGGUACUACUACAGCAGACAGGUACUACUACAACAGGUACUACUACAGCAGACAGGUACUACUACAGCAGACAGGUACUACUACAGCAGACAGGUACUACUACAACAGGUACUACUAAUACAGGUACUACUACAGCAGACAGGUACUACUACAACAGGUACUACUAAUACAGGUACUACUACAGCAGACAGGUACUACUACAGCAGACAGGUACUACUACAACAGGUACUACUACAGCAGGUACUACUACAGCAGACAGGUACUACUACAGCAGACAGGUACUACUACAGCAGACAGGUACUACUACAACAGGUACUGCUACAGCAGACAGGUACUACUACAGCAGGUACUACUACAGCAGACAGGUACUACUACAGCAGGUACUACUACAACAGACAGGUACUACUACAGCAGACAGGUACUCCUACAGCAGACAGGUACUACUACAACAGGUACUACUACAGAAGACAGGUACUACUACAACAGACAGGUACUACUACAGCAGACAGGUACUACUACAACAGGUACUACUACAGCAGACAAGUACUACUACAGCAGACAGGUACUACUACAGCAGACAGGUACUACUACAACAGACAGGUACUACUACAACCGGUAUUACUACAGCAGACAGGUACUACUACAACAGGUACUACUACAGCAGACAAGUACUACUACAGCAGACAAGUACUACUACAGCAGACAGGUACUACUACAACAGACAUGUACUACUACAGCAGACAGGUACUACUACAGCAGGUACUACUACAGCAGACAGGUACUACUACAACAGGUACUACUACAGCAGACAGGUACUACUAAAACAGGUACUACUACAGCAGACAGGUACUACUACAUCAGACAGGUACUAAUACAACAGACAGGUACUACUACAGCAGACAGGUACUACUACAACAGACAGGUACUACUACAGCAGACAGGUACUACUACAGCAGACAGGUACUACUACAACAGACAGGUAAUACUACAGCAGACAGGUACUACUACAACAGGUCCUACUACAGCAGACAGGUACUACUACAACAGACAGGUACUACUACAACAGACAGGUACUACUACAGCAGACAGGUACUACUACAGCAGACAUGUACUACUACAACAGACAGGUACUACUACAGCAGGUACUACUACAACAGACAGGUACUACUACAACAGACAGGUACUACUACAGCAGACAGGUACUACUACAACAGACAGGUACUACUACAACAGACAGGUACUACUACAGCAGACAGGUACUACUACAACAGACAGGUACUACUACAACAGACAGGUACUACUACAGCAGACAGGUACUACUACAGCAGACAGGUACUACUACAACAGACAGGUACUACUACAACAGACAGGUACUACUACAACAGACAGGUACUACUACAACAGACAGGUACUACUACAACAGACAGGUACUACUACAGCAGACAGGUACUACUACAACAGACAGGUACUACUACAGCAGGUACUACUACAACACCUUAGUUAUCACAUGCUGUUAUUCAUAGACUGUUGUUGUUGUUGUUAUUGUUAUUGUUGGUGUUGUUGGUGUUAUUGUUGUUGUUAUUGUUGUUUUUAUUGUUGUUGUUGGUGGUGUUAUUGUUGUUGUUGUUGUUGUUAUUGUUGUUGUUAUUGUUGUUGGUGGUGUUAUUGUUGUGUUGUUAUUGUUGUUGUUGUUGUUAUUGUUGUUGUUGUUGUUGGUGUUAUUGUUGGUGUUGUUGGUGUUAUUGUUGUUGUUAUUGUUGUUUUUAUUGUUGUUGUUGGUGGUGUUAUUGUUGUUGUUGGUGGUGUUAUUGUUGUUGGUGUUAUUGUUGUUGUUAUUGUUGUUGGUGGUGUUAUUGUUGUGUUGUUAUUGUUGUUGUUGUUGUUGUUGUUAUUGUUGUUGUUAUUGUUUUCUUGAUCUUUCCCUCCUCCUCCUCCUCCUCUUCCUCCUUCACAGUAACAGGCCGGCUUCAUAUCAUGCCUAUAGCACUUAGGAAUUUUGGGAUCAGUAUAGGAAUGUUCUCGAUGGUCUCUCUCUGUCUCUCCAGUAAAAACGGUGACAGCUGCAGCUUUGAGGCUGGGCCGGGCCACUGUGGUCAUUCAGAGGUACUGGAGAGGUUAUCUGACCAGACAGAUCUACAGGAUGGUCCGUUCCUCCUCUUAUCACCAUCCAAGCCUUCACUAGAGGCUGGAUCGCCAGGAAACGCUACAAAAAGGUAUUGUGCCUUCAUCUCAAUUGAUUUUACAUGGCUGUGGCAAUCUAUCAACGUUUGUAAGUUGUGUGUGUGCGUCAGUCUUGUCUCCCUGUCUGCACGCGUCUGUGUGUUUGUGUGUGUAACACCUCUCAGAUGGUAGAGGUGCAGAAAGCGCUGGUGUUGCAGAAGUAUGCCCGGGCGUGGCUCGCCAGGAGACGCUUCCAGACCCUGUAUGCCCGGGCGUGGCUCGCCAGGAGACGCUUCCAGACCCUGUAUGCCCGGGCGUGGCUCGCCAGGAGACGCUUCCAGACGCUGUAUGCCCGGGCGUGGCUCGCCAGGAGAUGCUUCCAGACCCUGCGCUACCUGGUACACAACAUACAGCUCUCCUACAGGUGCCAGCGGCUCAGGAAGAAACUGGAGGAUCAGGUAAGAACGUUCCCGACACCGGUACUGACUGAACGUCCCCCUAGACCAGGGUUGUGUUCCGUAGUUACAAAAGAAGAAAAUACUUUGAAACGGUGUGAAACAAACACAGAGGUACAAUCUGGACUGGUCCAAUCAGAAACACCCAUUUUCGUUUUCCAUUUCUAAAUGUUUUUAAACGUUUUCUCUUGCGUGCCCUUAUGGACAUGACCCAGUACUGACCUAUCUUUGAUUGAUGCCCUGCUGUAUGUCUCUCUAGGGCAAAGAGAACCGUAGGCUGUCGGAGAGGCUGACAGGUCUGGCCGGUUCUCACGCCCAAGGUCUAGACAAGCUGCACUGUCUGGAGGCCCAGCUGGGGAAAUCAGCCGCUGAGAAGGCUUCGCUAGAGGAUCGAGAGAAGAAGAGCAAGGAGGAUGCUACUAAGAUGAUAGCUCAGUUUCAAGAGGAAAAAUACAAAUGAAUCGUUGAAAAGCAGAACUUGGAAAAGAAGUUAGCAGAUUCAGCAACAGAGAUGAAAGGUAAGAGAGAGGAAAUGAGGCUUAGAUUGCUCUAUCCUCUUUUUAAACCUCAUAAAAGUGUGGUCUGUGGUUUAGUUCAGGAUUGCACUGACAUAUAGUAUAUGGUCAAUCAUUUUUACUGUGAUUCACUUCUUUCAUUUCCAGACAGCUUUGAUCAAAUCAAGACAACUCUGAAAGAAGAUCUGGAACGAGCAGAAAGAUUGAGAAAGUAAGAGUUGCUUCAUGUUCUGAGCUGAGCCGAGCUAAACCGAGCCAAGCUGUACUGGGCUGGCCUGGUUACACAUCCACCAUAGUAGCAGGACCAGUUCUGGUCAGAACAAUGUGAAGGGGGAAUAUCUGAGCUAGUACAGUAUGGUUCAGGUCCAAUACAAUAUGGUUCAGGUUCAGUACAAUAUGGUUCAGGUCCAGUAUGGUUCAGGUCAGUAUGGUUCAGGUCAGUAUGGUUCAGGUCCAGUCCAGUAUGGUUCAGGUACAGUCCAGUAUGGUUCAGGUCAGUAUGGUUCAGGCCCAGUCCAGUAUGGUUCAGGUACAGUACAGUAUGGUUCAGGUCAGUAUGGUUCAGGUCAGUAUGGUUCAGGUCAGUAUGGUUCAGGUCCAGUCCAGUAUGGUUCAGGUCCAAUACAGUAUGGUUCAGGUCAGUAUGGUUCAGGUCCAGUCCAGUAUGGUUCAGGUACAGUACAGUAUGGUUCAGGUCAGUAUGGUUCAGGUCAGUAUGGUUCAGGUCCAAUACAGUAUGGUUCAGGUCAGUAUGGUUCAGGUCCAGUACCGUAUGGUUCAGGUCCAGUCCAGUAUGGUUCAGGUCAGUAUGGUUCAGGUCCAGUCCAGUAUGGUUCAGGUACAGUACAAUAUGGUUCAGGUCCAGUCCAGUAUGGUUCAGGCCAGUAUGGUUCAGGUCCAGUCCAGUAUGGUUCAGGUCCAGUACAAUAUGGUUCAGGUCCAGUCCAGUAUGGUUCAGGUCCAGUACAGUAUGGUUCAGGUCAGUAUGGUUCAGGUCCAGUCCAGUAUGGUUCAGGUCAGUAUGGUUCAGGUCCAGUCCAGUAUGGUUCAGGUCCAGUCCAGUAUGGUUCAGGUCAGUAUGGUUCAGGUCCAGCCCAGUAUGGUUCAGGUACAGUACAGUAUGGUUCAGGUCCAGUCCAGUAUGAUUCAGGUCCAGUACAGUAUGGUUCAGGUCCAGUCCAGUAUGGUUCAGGUCCAGUACAGUAUGGUUCAGGUCCAGUACAGUAUGGUUCAGGUCCAGUACAGUAUGGUUCAGGUACAGUCCAGUAUGGUUCAGGUCCAGUCCAGUAUGGUUCAGGUCCAGUACAGUAUGGUUCAGGUACAGUACAGUAUGGUUCAGGUCCAGUACAGUAUGGUUCAGGUCCAGUAUGGUUCAGGUCCAGUCCAGUAGUGUGAAACGGGCAUGAGAUUGAUUUAGUUUAGUUCCUCAGGAUUGCAGAGAACAACCUUGAGCUGCAGAAGGAGGACCAUGUGAAGGAGGUGGAGGUUCUGAGGGAGGAGAACAGGAGAACAGGAGGCUGAAGGAGGACCAUGAGAAGGAGGUGGAGGUUCUGAGGGAGGAGAACAGGAGAACAGGAGGCAGAAGGAGGACCAUGAGAAGGAGGUGGAGGUUCUGAGGGAGGAGAACAGGAGAACAGGAGGCUGAAGGAGGACCAUGAGAAGGAGGUGUAGGUUCUGAGGGAGGAGAACAGGAGAACAGGAGGCUGAAGGAGGACCAUGAGAAGGAGGUGGAGGUUCUGAGGGAGGAGAACAGGAGGCUGAAGGAGGAGAGAGUCAGCCUGCAGAGACAGAUAGAGGAGGAGGCGCAGGUCAACACUGAGCUACAGGACCAGGUCAUACAGCUCAACAAGCACGUCAAGGUGAGGGUUCAUAGGUCAUACAGCUCACCAAGCACGUCAAGGUGAGGGUUCAUAGGUCAUACAGCUCACCAAGCACGUCAAGGUGAGGGUUCAAAGGUCAUACAGCUCACCAAGCACGUCAAGGUGAGGGUUCAAAGGUCAUACAGCUCACCAAGCACGUCAAGGUGAGGGUUCAUAGGUCAUACAGCUCACCAAGUAUGUCAAGGUAAGGUUAAAGGUCACACAGCUCACUAAACACGUCAAGGUGAGGCCGCAGGGUGAAGGGGUUAAUGGACUGAUAUACGCUGAAGGCCUACAUCUUCUUACAAAUUACAGUUCUUAAGAAAAUGAUCUAAUACUGGUGAUCAGAGGCUUAGAAUCCAUUCUUAUUUUAAGAUGGCCUUUUUAGGUAGCAUCUGUGUUUCUCUUUCCAGGUGAUACCCCGAGUUACGUAAAGAUCUUCACAACCUCCAGACCCAGAGAGAUGAUCUGGACAGGAAGAUGAAGGAGCAGUCAGAACAGGCCAGAGGUAGCUUUCUAUAUUCUAAAAUACUCUCUGUAAUGUAUUGUGUUAUGGGUAUAUUUAUAUUCAUGCCACAGUGUCUUUGUGUGGAUUGAUGAAUGCUUUACAAGUCCAGAUUAUUUUGUUGUCACUUCUCAUACAUAAUUGUUUGCGACUCUACUCUCUCCGUAUAGCCAAGAUGAGUGUGAUCACAAGACAACUUCUUAGUGGCAUGGUUGAAGAGGAGGUCAUUUCCAGGUAGUCUAAUGGCAUUAUGUAUUUCCUAAAAUUUGUGAGAAGAGAAGUUCACUUUAGCUUUAAGCUUUACACAUGUUUCUGUUGAAAGGUUGACCUCUGACGGUCCAGACCAGAUCUAUGAAGUCUGGGAUUUAUUGACUGCAUUUGAUGGACUGCAGAAAGCUACCGGGUUUGAGACAACACCUGUACAUUUACUGACUAAAGUAUGCUACUUGUUUAGCUAACUAAGGCAGUCUUUCCCAACUCCGGUCCUCCAGUACCCCCAACAGCCCAACUCCGGUCCUCCAGUACCCCCAACAGCCCAACUCCGGUCCUCCAGUACCCCCAACAGCCCAACUCCAGUCCUCCAGUACCCCCAACAGCCCAACUCCAGUCCUCCAGUACCCCCCAACAGCCCAACUCCGGUCCUCCAGUACCCCCAACAGCCCAACUCCGGUCCUCCAGUACCCCCAACAGCCCAACUCCUGUCCUCCAGUACCCCCAACAGCCCAACUCCUGUCCUCCAGUACCCCCCAACAGCCCAACUCCAGUCCUCCAGUACCCCCCAACAGCCCAACUCCAGUCCUCCAGUACCCCCAACAGCCCAACUCCAGUCCUCCAGUACCCCCAACAGCCCAACUCCUGUCCUCCAGUACCCCCAACAGCCCAACUCCAGUCCUCCAGUACCCCCAACAGCCCAACUCCGGUCCUCCAGUACCCCCAACAGCCCAACUCCAGUCCUCCAGUACCCCCAACAGCCCAACUCCGGUCCUCCAGUACACCCAACAGCCCAACUCCGGUCCUCCAGUACACCCAACAGCACACAUUUUUGUUGUAGCCCCGGACAAGUAGAAUCAGGUGUGCUUGUCUGGGGUCACAACAAAAAUAUGUACUUUUGGAGGUACUGGAGGACCGGAGUUGGGAAACACUGAACUAAGGGACACUGACCAAGAAUGGUCCUGUGUGGCUCAGUUGAUAAGAGUGUGGCGCUAGCAACGCAAUGGUUGCGGGUUAAAUUCUCCCAAAUGUACUCACUGUACUAGAAGUAGCUUUGGAUAAAAGCGUCUGCUAAGGGUUAUUAUUACUGUAAGGAUCCACCUGCCUGUUUUCUACCCAUGUGAAUGACAGACACUUACUCACACUUCGGCCAUGAUUGUUCGAAAUCCAGGCUAGUGAAUGAGGUUGAUCGUUCCUCUGCCGGCAGAGUGCUGGAGAGCCUUCGAGGGUUAUGACAGCCAGGUGGAGGGGCUGGCGUUCACGGUGGAACGCCUGCAGAACCAAAACGAUCAGCUGCAGAAACUGUUCCAGGAGAAAACGUCCGUCAACGACGCCAUUGGCCAGGAGGUGGCCAGGCUGAACCAGGAAAACAUGGUCAUACCUGAGCUGAGACAGCAGGUGUCAGAGCUACAAAAGACAUAAACAGGAAGUGGAAGUCCAACUGGAGGAGCAGGCCAGAGAGAUGACCGGUAGACACAGUACACUACACCAUCACUUAAGAUCUAAAUGUUUGGGCUCAAUCCCAUUGUUAUUUCAGUCAAUUCCAAUCGUUUAUCUCCUUCUUUUAUUAGAAAAAAGUGGAGGAGAUUUCAAAAGAGCUUCAGAUGAAUGUUGAAGAGGAAGGCUCCCAACGCAGG